ACGUACGCCCCUUCCACACCGACGGGACGCGAGGCGCGCAAUUAGCGGUGCCGGUGGCAUCCCGGCCGACCGCAGAGACAAUGCGCACUGCGCGGCGGUGGCCGCUCUCCCUUGGCCCCGUUCCGGCCCGGUGCCCCUUUUGUAGCGCGGGCCGCCUUAAAACACCGGUGCCGGACCACGCGUCCACGCAGAACACGUAGAGAGCGACAUCCGCGCGAACGGGCGCCCAGGCACAAGCUGUUCGCCAUGGACACUCGGCAGAGACUCGGGACUCCGCCACGGAUAGGCACGGCGCAGCUGUUGCCGACAGCAUCCGCCGUCCUUUGCCUGGGCCUGCUUUGGACUGCCGCUACGGUUCUGGCCUCCGAGUUCCCGCACCACCACGGCUCGGGCGGCGCAGGUGGCGUGGUGGUCCUGUACCACAAGGACCCUCCGUUCUCCGGGGACAGGCGCUUCCCCAAAGGGAAGACGUCGCUCGUACCAGCGGCGUCCAUCAUCCCGUCAGGGUUCGUGCACGGAAGACCUUCGUGCGCGAGGGACCUGGACCUGUGCGUGUUCAAUCACGACUACCCCAUCGAGAAAGUUCAAGCGAUCGUGGACCGGUACUACAACCAGAUGUACGACCUGUACCACACGCUUUACAAGACGCCCCCGCACGAGGUCCAGUGGGUGGAGAACUACACGCUGGCGUUCACCGCAGAGAAACAGCACGGCAGCUUCGUGUGCCGCUCCGAGGCCGUGUACCUGCGCAUCGGGUGGGCCAAGAACUGGAAGGGCCUCUGGAUGACCGUCGUCAACACCGAGCGCUUCCCGCAGGUCACCAGGGUCGAGAAGUGCAAGUACCGGAACAAGCCAUGUGACUACAUGGUGCCGUGCUACAAGUCUUCGUGCAAGCAGCGCGAGAUGCUUUACCCGCUCAUCGCAGUUAAUCCUUACGAUCCGGGACAGAAACCCCUCAUCGACCUGUUUCCAAUUCCCAGCGGAUGUGUCUGCUACGUAGAUGAUUACCGGUUCCACUAAGCGCCGAUAGGUAGCAGCAUGGGCCUGUUAUUUUGUGGCACAUAGCUCACAAAGUGUGCACCAAUUUCUAACUCACUCACUGAGCUAGACGGUGUGCGAGAACUGCCACUGAUGUUUUAAUGGACCAGCUGAAAAGUAUCUCUGGUGUGAAUGGGAAGCUUGCUGGUGAAAUGUUUAUAUAACAUGCCUUCAGGGUUGUAAGGAGUGCAAUUUAGGAAGUCUUAAUACGCUUUCCCUAUGUCAAUGGAGCGGAAGUAAGGGUGUACAUCGAGACAUCCUGCAUUAUUGUUAGUGCAGUACAUUAAUGAGCGACUAAAUAAGCCAAAGAACAAAGUAGUCAAAACUUCUGACAUAAACAUGGUACGACAUGCUUUGGCCAAGCUAUUGGCAGAGAAAACAAAUGGCGCAGCAUUAUGACUUUUCGCAUCAUGAAGUAAUGGUUAAUUGUGAUUCUUCACUGUAGCUAAUUACAUAAUGGUGAUGACAGCGCUUAUUAUUUUGUGUAAUGUUCUAACUUCAUUGUCUACAUCAAUAUAUCAUGAAGUAAGGGUUAAUUGUGGUUCUCCACUGCAUCUAAUUACAUGAUGGUGACAAUAGUGCUUACUGUUUUGUGUAAUGUUUAAACUUCAUUGUCUGCAUCAAUAGUAUGGUAGUCUGAGUAACUGUAGUGAGCUGCUGCCUUCUGCUCUGUUUCACAUGUAUUAGCUGUAUGAUACAAAACUGCUGCAAGGGACACUAAAGGCAAAUAAUAAGUCGGCGUGGACUGUCUAAAUACCAUUCCAGAAACCUUGCAACACUAGUUUCAUGCCACGAAAAGACUUAGUUCAUGAGAAAAUUGCAUCUAAAGGGUCAGAAUACCUUUUUCGGAAUUCAAAUCUCCCGCCACCCAACUGGGGGCGUGGUGACGUUGCAUACACCAUCACCACCCUUUGCUGCCAUCGGUGACUAAAACGGCGCCCGACAGAGGGCAGCACCGAGCCAAGACAGAGCGGUGGAUUCGCCGCUGCAGCUGCUUUUUUGUAAGGUGGCAUUGACCAUUCGGGCAUCCCGCAACAUAACCUGGAAGUUAAAAUCACUGCUACUUGCAGUUUGUGCGAGUUUUGCGAGCCAGCAAAGCCAGCACAGCACUACGCGAUAACAAAACUGCUGAAACGCGAAAGCAUGGGCUGCGCAGAGUCGAGCAAAAACGAAACCUUUCGACCGCCUGCGUAGUUGUCAAGGGUAAUUUCAAUUAGUUCUUUUUUCUAAAAAUGAAAUAGAACUGGAUAAGUAGCAUUUCAUUUCGUCUUUUAAUAGAAUGCAAUGAUAUUUUUUGCAACGAGUGGUUGAGUACUAGUGACAGAAUUUAGGUGAGGAGUGCUUUCGUCAUUGGACUUGAAUGUCCUCCCGGGAGAGUCUCUAAUCAUGUCCUACAUUUACCUGAGUUUCUUGAUUAUUAAGGCCCUGUUUGCGAUAAUAUUGACGCCUUAGAGAUUCUCGAGCACUAAUCACUAAUCUAUCACUUUAGCUUGAAUUAAUAUUUCCCUUUAGUGUCCCUUUAAUGGUUUCAAAUAGGUUGGUGCCAAGGAUACUACUUCUGUUUUCAGAUUAAAUAUAACAAACCUUUUCUGCGAAACAGAAGGUUGUAAGACUUUUUUUGUGAUGCUCCUUAAAAUGUUGAAAACACAACACAGAUGUCAUGAUACUAAUAAAAAAAGAUAUAUCCUUCAA